AUGGGUGUACUCACCACGAUCGAAAAGUUCUUGCCUGGCAGAAUGGCCUCUUUCCAGCCGAAUUGGUACCUUCUCUCUCACCAACAUGCUGCUGUGUCCACCUUUUUGAAGGACGUCCUGACGCUGGACGGUACAUGUGACCGAGUGGAGAAAGAUUACGACAUUGUCUGUAUGGGACCAGAGGCAGGGUGUGAGAGCCCACCGAGUGCCAAACUGAGGCGAAGAGACAAUGAUUUGAAAGCCAAGUAUGAAACCAAGGUCCCGGACGGGAGGUCUUUCGACUCUUGCGAGGGACAAUACGACCAGGUGUACUAG